CAUAUCCUCCUCAGUCUUCACAAACCAGCCGGCCAAACCCAGAUGCGAUCCAGUCAAAAAAAAGAUGCGGAUUCCAUGACAUCAUCGACUAUUUGUUUGGUUAAUUAAUUCCAUAUACUACACUUAUAUUCAGUCCAAUACUUCUCUGUUUCUUCACCCAACUACCAAUCUUAUAUUGAAGUCUGAAACUGAAAACGAUAUUUUACCGAGAGAGAAAAGAAAUCUCAGGUCAAUACGAAACGGAGAAGAGUAGAAAAAUCUGAUUUAGGCUAAAACAGAAAGUUGAGGUGAAGAUUACCAUUUCCAAUUAUCAAGGAGCUGGUCAACUAGUAAACAAAAAAGCACAUCGGCUUCAUUUCCUACUCUGCGUGUGCGUGUAAAGCAAGGAUCGUAGAGUUUGUUUGGAUCGCUUUGUUUGACUUCCACCACCCAAUUGUACAUAUAUUAGAAACUAGAAAGAGUGGAGAGAGAGUAGAUCCACCUCGGUCUCGCUGUUGUUGUAUUACAGUGAGAGAUGGUGUGGAACCAUGAAGACACCGUUCGUCCUUAUUCUCAACAUGGGUACUCUGCAGAGGAUUCAGGCCAUGCACGGCUUCACGAGCUUGGUUAUAAGCAGGAACUGAAGCGCGAUCUCUCGGUGAUAUCGAAUUUUGCGUUUUCAUUUUCGAUAAUAUCAGUGCUUACAGGGAUAACGACCCUUUACAAUACAGGGCUAAAUUUCGGGGGCCCUGUUGUUAUGGUUUAUGGCUGGUUCAUCGCCGGUUUCUUUACCAUGUUUGUUGGGUUGUCGAUGGCUGAGAUUUGCUCCUCCUAUCCAACAUCAGGUGGUCUCUACUACUGGAGCGCCAAGCUUGCUGGCCCGGGUUGGGCACCUUUUGCUUCAUGGUUGACGGGCUGGUUCAACAUUGUUGGUCAGUGGGCUGUGACAACAAGUGUGGAUUUCUCACUUGCACAGCUGAUUCAAGUGAUCAUUCUUCUUAGCACGGGUGGGAAAAAUGGUGGUGGAUAUGAAGCUUCUAAGUAUGUAGUUAUUUGCUUCCAUGGGGCAAUUCUUCUCAUCCAUGCUAUCUUAAAUAGCCUUCCUAUUUCAUGGUUGUCCUUUUUUGGACAACUAGCUGCAGCAUGGAAUAUUGUAGGUGUUUUUGUCCUUAUGAUUCUCAUUCCUACUGUUGCAACGGAGAAGGCUAGUGCCAAGUUUGUUUUCACUCACUUCAACACAGAUAAUGGGGAAGGUAUCCAUAGCAAAUUAUACAUAUUUGUUUUGGGCCUCCUUAUGAGCCAAUAUACCCUGACAGGGUAUGAUGCAUCUGCACAUAUGACGGAGGAGACAAAAAAUGCAGAUAAGAAUGGACCAAAAGGAAUAAUAAGUGCAAUUGGCAUAUCUAUUGUUGUUGGUUGGGGUUACCUACUUGGUAUCACAUUUGCAGUAACCAACAUUCCAUACCUUUUGAGCAGUGAUAAUGAUGCUGGUGGUUAUGCCAUUGCUGAAGUGUUUUACCAAGUCUUCAAGAGUAGAUAUGGAAAUGGAGUUGGGGGAAUCAUUUGCUUGGGAGCAAUUUCUGUUGCCAUAUUUUUUUGUGGUAUGAGUUCUGUAACGAGCAACUCCAGGAUGGCAUAUGCAUUCUCAAGAGAUGGAGCCAUGCCCUUUUCAUCAUUGUGGCAUCGAGUGAACAAACAAGAAGUCCCAAUAAAUGCAGUUUGGCUUUCUGCUUUCAUUUCGUUCUGCAUGGCAUUGACGUCUCUUGGAAGCCUAGUGGCAUUUCAGGCUAUGGUGUCAAUUGCAACUAUUGGACUCUACAUUGCAUAUGCACUACCCAUAUUCUUUAGGGUGACAUUGGCUCGUAAGUCUUUUGUUCCAGGACCAUUCAACUUGGGCCGCUAUGGGGUCCUUGUUGGUUGGGUUGCAGUUCUCUGGGUAUCAACCAUUACAGUUCUCUUCUCUUUGCCUGUAGCAUACCCCGUUACAAAGGAUACUCUAAACUACACUCCUGUUGCAGUCGGUGGUCUUCUCAUUCUUACUGUUUCUUCGUGGAUCUUGAGUGCUCGGCACUGGUUCAAAGGUCCCAUAACCAACAUAGACAUUUCAGUUUAAAAAUGCUGCCAGGUCAAAAUCACAAUUGUCAUGAUCUGAAAUCAACUAAAUAUAAAUAGAUGCUGUUGUUUUUCAUC